ACACACUCUUUAUUUAAAUUUUCUUUCUUUUUAUAAAAUUUCCCACUUUUUUUGGGCCCCUCUGAACUCUGCAAAAACCUAGCUAACUCACUCAUUAUUAAAUCUUCCUCUACCAGCAACUCACUCUCAUUUCAAAAUCUUCUCUCUUCUUUUUUCUUGAAAACAAAAUUUUUAGUGGCUUUUUCGUAAUGGGUUCUGCUAAAGAAGCUGAGUCGUGGCUACCGAGUCAGUUUCUUGAAAUGGGAAAAGAGAACUUUACUUUACCUGAGUUCAAGAAACCGAGUUUUAGUUUUCCUACUGAGUUUCCUUACGAGUUUGACUCUUUUGCCUGUUCGUCUACCUCUGUAACUUCCCCGGACGAGUCUGUUAUUGGCUCAACUGAGACUGAAAGUAGCGAUGAGGAUGAUUUUCUUGCUGGGUUAACUCGUAGACUCACUCAGCAACUCACUCUUAAACCGGAGAAGUGGGCUGCAGCUGGGUCACCCGAGUCAACACUGAGUGGAAUCGGAAGCUGGCCAGUCUCCAACAAUGGCAGUCCAAACGGAGUUCUGUCACCGCCGGCGACACCUUUUGAGCUAAAAGAUGACACGUGGGAUCUGAUUUACGCAGCCGCCGGUCAAGUUGCUAGGUUGAAAAUGAUUAAUGAGGGUAAUAUUUUUCAAGAAAAGGGUUUCUUGAACUCUAUAAGGGCUCAAAAUCAAGAAACUCAGUUGAAAAAUCAGAACACUGCUGGGUUUUACCCUAACCAGAAUCUUGGUCUGUCUGUAUCCCAAAUGAAUCAGUACCAUUCUCAGCUAAGAAAUGAGCAAAUGCUGAAGCAACAUUGCGCUUCAGUUUGGGCUAGACAGCAGCAGCAAGUGAACAAACUGAACUACCACCAAGCUCCGCCGCACCACAGCCACCACCACCACCAGUCUCAGCCGCAGUGCCACUCUCACUACCAGCAACAAAUCCCGACCAGAGGCAGAUGCGCGCGUCAUUUGGGCUUCUCUCAGUCUGCUGCAUGGCCAAGCCAAGCUCAAGCUCAACCAAACCACCACCACCACCACCCCCACCCCCACCCCCAGUCUUGCUCCGCCAUGAAAGCCGUCGUUCUCGGCGGAUCUGGUAAUACAACUAAAAAAGAAUGCGCUGGCACUGGUGUUUUCUUGCCACGUAGAUAUGGUGUCAACAACAAUAUUCCAUCUGAACCCAAGAAAAAGUCCGCUUGCUCAACGGUAUUAUUACCAGCUAAAGUAGUUCAAGCUUUGAAUUUAAAUUUUGAGGACAUGAAUGCUCAAGCUCAGCCACGUUUUAACUCUGGUUUUCCCUCUGAUUAUGAUUUGUUGAUGGCAAGAAGAAAUGCAAUUUUAGCACAGCAGAAGAGAAAUUUACGCCAUGAUGAAGUACGUCUGCCUCAAGAAUGGACUUAUUAGGGUUUGGUUGGACAAAGUUAAAGAAAUUAAGCAGCAAGAAAAAAAGUACAGAAAGUUUAGGUAUCUAAUAGGGUUUUUGUGGUAUUUUGGUACUAAUUAUAGGUAAAGGGAUUAAAGAAGGCAAAAUAAGAAAAUUCCAGGGUUUUUUUGGAAGUUUGCAUCAGUUUUUAGGUGAAAAAUUGAAAGUGAAGCAAAUAUAGUAUUUUAGUAGUAGGAUUAGUAGUUUUACAGUAGUGAAUAGAGUGGGUUGGUAUUAUUAUUGUAAUAAUUAAGUGGGUUAAUUAUGUUUAUCAAGGAAAGUGAAGUCCUUUUGUUUUGGAUUUUGGGGGAUAAAUCUAAUUAUGUUUUAUUUAGGUAAACAUUUUGGAGGUUGUUCAAAUAUUGGGGAAUCAAUGCACAACCUUUUUAUGCUUCUUUUGUAUUAUCCCUUCAAAAUUCAAAUUAUAAUAAAGAAAUUUGUUUUUCUAUUUA